GGCAGAUGAAAUCCAGGAGGAAAGAGGAUUACAAAGCCAAUGCGAGGGUUGUAGAGAUCUUUGCCAGCCACAGGAAUACCUGGCAAGCUGAGGAGAAGCGCCUCCUUCAGCAAAUUGAUACCAGCAAUCAGGAGAUGGUCUCUCUUAGAGCCAAGAUUGAGGAAUUGGAGAGGGAUAGGGAUCACUCUCAGAGAAGGAUUCAGGAACUGGAGAGAGAGGUUGUAGAGCGGGAAGAAAUGAUUAGCUUUAUGUCCAUGUCCAGGAGAGGUCCUGAUUCUGACUUCGAAGAUGACGAGGAGGAAUCAGGUAGGUAUGGGAACAGGGUUUAUUACCCAGGAGAUCAGUUCAAUUUGGCAACUAGCUUAGGCCAAAAUGGAAAUUUUGGAGUUAGUUCUGAUUUCUUGGCUUCAGCUUCUUCUAAGUUUUGGGCUGAGAGACCUAAUCUCUGGCAGGAUGUACAGUAUGAAUCCUUUGAAUCGCUGUAUCAUAUGAAGCAUUUCGUAGUGAGAAGGGAAUCCCCAUGGAAGGUAGAUGGAGAAUCAACAGGUGUUUCCUCUAAACUAAGAUCUCUCGAACAGGAACUACUGAAUCUGGAAAAUGUUGGCAAGGGUGAUCUAUUGAAGGUUCCAUCAUUAUUGAGGAAGCAGGCAAAGAGAUAUCAGUCUCUAGCUGGGAAGAUUGAUGAUCUCUGCAGAAGAAUGGUACUGUAUAUCUAGUACUUAUUUCAUUUUCUGCUAUUUGAGAUACUUUUCUUGUGUCUCCAUCAUUUAGAGGUUUCAGAAUAACUCUUUAGAGAAAAAAGUACAUUGACAAGGCAUAUGUCGUGCCAUCCAUGUGUAAAAAAGCGAGUAACAAGUUAGCUAGAAUAUCAACGAGUUCUCCAAGGUCGUUGAUGGAAGAGAGGACAACCCUUGAACAAAAAUAGAGGGUCUAGAGCCAAAGAUUCGUAAUCCUCCCGAGUGCCCAACAAAACCCACUGAAAGACCUACUAUUCCUUUUCUCCCAAAUAAUGUACAAAAUAGAUUGAGAAGUGAGGGAAAUGAACUUCUUUCAAUCCCUAUCCAACCUAAUAACAUGCUGUACCCAUAAUUCACUAGCCAAAGAGCUUCCAAUAGAUGUUUUCGACUUUGAGAACACCAGAGUAGUGCACCACAGCUUGUUGGGCAGCAAGAUAACAAGUGUUUAUGAGACUCAGUAACCUCCUUGUGUACGCAGCAUCCAUUAACCAGCACCUUCCCUCAAUUGAUGGCCUCCCAUUUAUCCCAAAAAGGUUAUAGAUACCAUCUAGACACAGCACUUUGUGCUCCUUGGAACUCAUC